AUGCGUUCAGUAUUCACAAAAAAACCAAAAAUGAAAUUGAAUUCGAAAUCAAAAGUUGAGUUGAAUGCAAAAGAAAAUGAGUCAGUAUUACCUUCAGAAGAGAAAACUUUGUUAGAGGAACGAAAUGAAGAAUUACGAGAUAAAUAUUCUUUUAAACGUAAAGAUGGAAAAAAGAAACCACGCUCAGGUAGCAUGACAUCUUCAUCUUCAGAAGUAUAUAUACGCCGUGGAUUAGGUGUAUCAGUCACUUUUGAAUCUACUCUACCCACACAAAUAUGGCAAGCGUCACCAAGCCCAUCACCACCGUUAAGUGAGAAGAUGAAAAAUGGUACAAAAGGUGUGUACAAAAAUUGUGCUUCUAGUUCUUCUAAUCAAAAAUGGAAUUCAGAAGGAUCAAAUACAAGAAUUCGGAUGAGUAAACAAAGUUUUCAUGGGAGCUUAAAUAAUAUUGAUGAAUUGGAUGAUAGUAGUGAUGAGACAAAUCCAUCUGGCUUAAGUUAUCCAUCCUUAAGUAGUUGUACAAGCAGUGAUGAAACAACAACUAGUCAGGAAAGAUUGAAUCAUCCCCUAGGUAGCAGUACAUCUGAUAGUAGCUCCAGUUUAGAUUUACACGUAAUACAGAAUAACGGAUCACAUUCCAAACGGAGAAGUAGUGAAAGGCAUCAUAAAAAUAAAAAAGAUAAAGAAGAUGAACGAUAUAAGAGUCGUAGAGUGGUCAAUGAAAAACGCCGCCAAUACACAACGCAAAGUUUGAGCAGUAGUAGCACAAGCAGUGAAGAAGAUUUAGAAGCUUUCGGAUGGGAUGAGAAGACUAUUUCUGCUCUCACAAACAGAAGUAAAUGUAACAAACAAUGUCCAAUAUUUCCCUCAAACGGGAAGUUUGAUUUGCGUUCUAAGAAUGUAAACGAAUGUCUGGUGAGUCCGAAAAGGUUACCACAAGGUCAAAGAAUGGAUUUACGCUGGAAACCAGAUGCAGGACUGGCGAAAUUAAAACUCUCCUCCCCCGUUAGAAUAUGUAAUCAAUUUCAUGUAGAUACUCCUGUUCUUCAUCCCCAAACCUGCAUAUUAUCUCGGAGACUAAACCCUUUGAUUCAGUCUAGUUCCCCUAAUACGACAAAUAUAAAAUCACACCCCAUAGUACCCAACAGUAGUUACGCACAUAACUCUCUUAAUAAUAAUAAUGAAUUGCUAGCAGUUGUUAAUACUGAUUUUCGUCCAUCAGCAGAAUGGAAAGAAAGGUACAAAUUAUUAAGCGUUCGUCAAGGAGAGUAUGUCUGCGUUCUAAAUCACAACCUACAAAGUUCAACAAACAACAGUGCUAUGGAUGAUAAAACCAAAUAUACGGGAAUCCAACAGAAAGUAAUGUUUCCUUUGACAGAAAAUAACUUUUGGUUCUAUGUACGUCGGUGGUGCGUUGACCACUUAGUGGCCACAGGAACACCAGGGUAUAUUCCUCGUCAAACCUGUAGGGUUUUGUCGAACUGCGAAAUUAGUAGUCUCAGGUGUACAAGUCAGAAGGCAAGAACGCCGUGGGAUAGAGCCUCCAAUGCCCACUUUGUAUCAAUGACUGAUCCUCAAAUUGGUGAGAGUUCCAGCUCAAAGCAUGGAGUCAUGCAAGCAAAUAAUGAAUUUAGACCACCGCAACCAACAACAAAUAAAGAGCUAACAAAUAGAAAUCCACAUACCAACGCAACGUGUCCAAAUCAAGUUAGUAUGGUAUUUAAUACACAAGUGGACAGACGAAAUGCUGUCUAUUCAUUGCAAAAUUUCACACCAGACACAUCAGUAAACUUCCUACCACCUCCGCCACCAGGUUUCGGUUCUGGUGCAUCAAUUGGUUCUGAAACAGAGGAUAAAGACUCCGGAAGGGGCCCGAGUUCUGGCUCAGAAUGGGGUAGUGGCCGUGGGGGUAGUUCAAAUAUCACAUUAGACAGAUCUGUGGUUGAACAUACUUCAAGUGAAAUAGGAUUAGACUUCCAGGGAUCACAGCCAAAUAGGCGUUCAAGAAAUGUUAAAAGUGCAGAAGAAUCUCAACUUGGAUGGUAUGCUCCAACAGGACUAGCAUGGUCUGAGCGGGGUUUCCACGAAGGAGAAGAAUCAUUAUCACGUGACUCAGCAUUUCAAAGUCCUAACACAGACAACUUAACACCACCAGUACAUAUGAAAGAUGUUAAUCAAAAUCUCCCCACACAGCAAACGUAUCCACCAUCCGCAAUAACACUGACCACUAUUACUGGAAACACUCCAGUUCUAGAGAUGAGACACAAUGGUACUCCAACAUUAUGUGCUCGAGGAGUCCCCUUGGCAAUAAGUACAAACGGACCUGACAGUUUAGCUACAAGUACAACCACUUGUGCUACAGUAGUUGAUAUAAGAGAAAUACAAGACGACAACUUAAAUAAUAUGAAGAGUGGUCCAUCGACAAAAUAUCGAGUACCCACCCCAGAUCCUUCAUGUUGGGAACCUUAUAAAACGGUGAUUCAUGUGAAUGAAACCAGUCUUGAGAAAUUUACCCUUGUGUAA